AUGAUUUGGGUUGUGGUGUCUAAAGAUCAAAGUAGCAUCGAGAGCGUUCAGGAUAAAAUCGGAAAAAAGCUUGGAUUUCCAAAAACAUGGAGCCGUGAUAAUACCCAAGACGAGAAGAAAGGAGAAAUCUUCUGGGUAUUGCGAAUAAAGAAAUUUGUGCUACUUUUAGAUGAGAUAUGGAGUCCGAUUGAUCUUGUUGAUGAAGUGGGGAUUCCACCAGUUUUAACUGACAAUCAACACAAGUCUUCCAAGGUAGUCUUCACCACCAGAUUCAUGAAUGUGUGCGGUGUUAUGGAAGCCAAGAAGACGAUUGAAGUGGAAUGUUUGCCAUGGCAAGCAGCCUGGGAUCUGUUUAAAGAUAAGGUGGGAGAAAAGACCCUCAAUUCUCACCCCACGAUAGGGAAGCUCGCAGAAGAUGUUUGCAAAGAAUGUUUUUAA